AUGCUCAUAGGAUUAAUUGGGCACUACACGCACUUAACAAAAGAUCUAGGUCCUCACCCUCUAGCUUCCUUGAUUGCUAGUUGUUGUGCAAUGGCGAGACAGAUUGGUGUUUGUGCUAUGAGCCACAUCUACAUGGAAAGGAAUGUUGUGGCUGAUUGUUUGGCUAAAUGGAGCCAUAAUAUUGAUCUUGGGCUGUGUGUGCUUGAUGCUGCCCCAAGCUGGAUUGGUGCUUUAUUAGUAGAUGAUUUGUUAGGAGUUCAUAGAACUCGUUGGGUUGGUUUAGCCUCUGGCUAA